UGCUAUUACUUAUUCUUUCAGCCUUUGGUUUUAACUUGCAUCCUUGUUAUAACAGCAUACAAACAUAACAUAUGCAAAUCCCUUUCACUUGUUUUUUUGAUGCGCUACUCCCCUCUGUUGGUGGAGUAGUGACGUGCAGCCAUGUACCCUGUGAUGGUCAGUAUAUCGACCAAUUAACUGCUAUGAAAUUCAGUUCAGUUAAAACUAGUUUCUAAAUAAAACCAUGAUUUAGUGCUGAAUGUGUAUCUAGUAAUUAUGUGUAGUGUCCACUGAGUAUAAUAUUUACAGUAUAGAUACAGUAGAUACAGUUAGUGUUAGCUUUCUGGCCGGUGCUGCUUCCUCUUUUUAUCUCACAGUGUCAUUUACAUGGGGGUUUUUUUGUGGGGUUUUUUCAACUUCCUAUGAAGCUCCUUGUUUUCAGCAGCUUCCUCACUUGCUUUCAACCUGGUGUCACAUCAGCUGUAUUCUCUUCGGACAAAUUUAUCUCUACCGGGACUCAGGAAACAUGAUAAGGAUGAAAUGGGGGCUCCUCUUUUGGCUGGUCCGGUAUUUGGAGUCUCAGAACAUCACCUGUAAAAUAAACCAAACAAAGUCAAUUUCAGAUGCCCUCCAUUAUAUGGAGCAAGUAGACAAAAUGUUGGUUGAUCAUGGAGGAUACACUAAAGGAGCUGUGAAGUGCCUAGAACAAGUUCUAGAGGAAACAGAGGUGAAUGAGACUACCUUCAUUUCUGCCAGCCAUUUGGUGGCCCUCCUGCACAAACCCCAAAGACCCUUCACAAGCCUCGUUAUACACGCUAGUAAGAGUAAGGCAAUGUUAGACAAGACUUUCACCAACAGCACAGUGAGCGUUCAACUGCCGGGAGAGUUGAAUGUUGGAUGGAACAACACGAUUGUGUUCUGCAUGAUUACUUCACCUGAAACCAAUUGGACCACAUGGGGAGCCUCAGAUCUGUAUGAGGGCAGACUGGUUGGACUGAGUGUGCGCGGCAAGAACAUUACAGGACUACAGGAGCGCGUCAACAUCACCAUGACUCUUACUAUGGGCAUAAAUGAGACCCAAAAACCCACUUGUGAGUUCUUCAAUUUUACAACAAGUGACUUCAGCAGGAAUGGCUGUCUUACCCUUUGGGAACGUGAUGAAAGUCAAAUCACCUGCUCCUGUGACCACCUCACAUACUUUGGUGUGCUCCUGGUAGAUGCUAUCCUCCCUCCUACUGACCUGAAGAUUCUGACACUCAUCACUCAGAUUGGCUGUAGUCUUUCUCUUUUUGCCCUGGUCAUCACUGUUCUGCUCUUCAUCACGAACAGAAAGAUCAGAGCAGAUGUCUCUAUGAGGGUCCACAUCAACCUCACCAUUGCCCUGAUUCUCCUCAACCUGCACUUCCUCCCAAGUCAGUCGGUGGCAGCACAGUCCUCCUCUGGGCUUUGCGUUUACAUGGCCCUUGCUCUUCACUAUUCCCUGCUGGCCACUUUCAGCUGGAUGGCCCUGGAAGGGUUCCACAUCUACCUUCUCCUUGUCAGAGUCUUCAACAUCUAUGUCAGGAGAUACUUGCUCAAACUCAGCUUGGUGGGAUGGGGUAUCCCUGCAGUCAUCGUGUCCCUGGUGGUGAUCAUAGACAGAGGCACAUAUGGACGUGUCUUUCUGGACUUGUCUAACUCCAACAGCAAUGCAAUAUGCUAUAUUGGCAAUAACAUGGUGAAGAUGGUGACUACAGUGGGAGUAUUCUGCUUGGUGUUCGCCUUUAACGUCAUCAUGUUAGGGGUGACGGUCCGACGCGUGGUGAGCCUUGGCCAGCGCAAACAGUUUGGGCAGAGUGACAGUGACAGAGCCAAGCGGGACAUCUGUACCCUGCUGCGAGUCACCAUUCUGCUUGGCAUUACCUGGGGCCUGGUCUUCUUCUCAUUUGGCUACCUGACCAUUCCAGGCCUCUACGUCUUCUGCAUCCUGAACUCACUGCAAGGUUUCUUCAUCUUCCUGUGGUUUGUGAUGUCUUUGAGAAAGAUUGGAAAUUCUGCUAAGACGAGUAGAGAAACACAGAGCACCAACAACUAAAUCUAAACCGACACACCAAGACAUAUUUCUUGCGUCUAUGUGCAUCUGUGUGUGGUGGGAAGAUUUAUUAUUUCAUUAUCUUUAUUAUUAUGUUUUCAUUUACCAUUAUUAUUGCUGAUUUAGAUUAUGAUGUUUUCAUGUACAGCAAUGUAGCAGAAAAGCAAAUUUGCCAGUUAGUUACAAAUAUUUAAAAAACCUCACAGUUUUAGUUCUAUUGUUAAUCUCAUGCCACAAUGUGCCUAUAAAAACUUGAGGGGUUUAUCCAUCCUCUAUACUUAGCAAUUCUUAUACCUCACUCAUCAUGUGCACAUCUGUGCAUACAUGAUAAGAGCAUACAAACUCCUUACAGAAAAGUAUGAAUUUGGAGACAGCAUGACACAUGUUUUCUCAUUGAUUUUAGUGAAAGUUUUAAGAUUGAAUGAUGCAGUGAGGAGAUUCUAGAAUGACUGUUUAGGAAGACAGAUAAUGCAUCAAGUCUGUAUUGUGGCAAUGACACAUGUGCAAAUGCAUCCACUCACACUGGAGUUGUCUAGGGGUGGUAGAGAAAAAUAUGGUAAAAACUGUAAAAACUGCAUUCAUUGUUUUAAUUUUAGUGCAGUUUUUUAAACCUUACUCAUUCAAAUUUUUAUUAAUUAAUUUUAUUAUUAUUUAAAGGCUGACAUAACUGUAAUAGUCACCUAUUCUGCCUUCAUGUACAGCUUGGUGAUGGCGAACAUGCUUUGUGUGUGUUGUUUUUUCUUUCACAUGUAAAAAAGAAACUCUCAUAUCAGAGGCUUUAAAAGGUUUAAAAUAAUUCAAUGUUUUUUAAUUAAAAUAUAUGUGGUAAUUUACCACCUAGAUUAGGCUAUGUGGAGACUAACAUUAACGUUACCAUGAAUCAGCAUUUAUUGUGAUGGCUGCUGGACAUUUGACAGCUGAUAUUACAUUGUCUGUCUUCAAAGGACAACACAAAAACUAUUGUUAUUGUCAUCUGUAUAUCAAGGUGUUCCUCCCUUGAUCAAUUUUCUCUCAAAUAUAUGACAUCACAGUAGUGUCAACCAAGCUGACACAUAUUUUAUAGUUAACUUUAUAUUUUACAUUAACUACCUGCAACCAUUAUUACUCAUUAAUUUUUCUUCCAUAGUCACAUUGUGUACAGAUGUCCCACCUGGUGCCAAUUAUGUCUUUACUACUGACUGAAAAUGUUAGAUUUCAGUUUCAGUUUCAGUUCCUGCACAGAGUAACAAUGAAUCCAACUAGAUGGUAUCAUUAAUUGUGAUGAUGCAAACUCUGAGGUGUCAGGGUCGAAUGCACCUGUGGUAAAUAGGUACAUCUCUACAAAUGUUAGAUUAUACUAUAGUCAAUUAAGAUAAGAAACUGAUGAAUGAAGAACAUUGUUUUAUUUUAAGUAAAUUUUGUAAUUUUAUAUAACAAAAAAUAUUUAUAAUACUAAAGCAAAAGUUUAACACAUUAAAACCUUACACUCAAGAAGCAAAACAUCAGCCCAUAUUUGCACAACUAUAAGCACAUUGUCAACCUCACACUUGUUGCAAAACUCUACACACAGUGAUUUGCAAAACACUAAACACACUUAACAUACAUUACACACAAAAAUCUAUCAUGAAGUCACUUCCUUGCAAUACCAAAGCACUGACUGUCAAAUUACCGCACCGUCCAACAAAUUGGUUCAACACAGUCAUCAGGUGUGGAAACACUUGUUUGCUUUUGUAGACACAUUGUAGACACACCAAUCAGGGGUAUAAGCACUAUAAAAAGCAGCAGGUGAGUUCAUCGGUCUUCAAGCACAAUGGAAAGAAUCAGAGAAAGAGUAAGACAAGGAGGAGAACGAGGAGGAGGACAAGGAGGAGGAGGAAGGGGAGGAAGAGGAAGACAAGAAGGUGCUCAAAGAGGACCGAAUCUGACAAAUGAGAUCCGCGCAACACUGGUUGACCACGUUGUCAACCACGGCCUGACGCUGAGGGAGGCUGGACUGCGAGUACAGCCAAAUCUAAGCCGAUACACAGUGGCAAGUGUGAUAAGAACAUUUCAACUGGAAAAUAGGUAUUGUAAAAAUAUCAUCAUAUCAAAAACAUCUGCACGGUUUCAGUAACUGCUUACAGUACUGUAUUCUAUGCACUAUCAGCACUUCUGUUACCUUUGACGGUGAAAUUACUCUACUAUUGUAUACCGUUUUUAUUUUUCUACAUAGGAUUUAGGGUCAGGAACGACAAGGGGGAAGCCCUCCUAUGUUCACAGAACAGCAAGAGAGGGAGAUAGUAAACAUGGUUUUGGCCAACAAUGCUAUAACACUCAAUCAGCUCCAAGCUAACAUUGUCAAUAACCACGCCAGUUUCAACGAUAUCCAUCAGGUCUCAACAUCAACACUGGCACGCAUCCUAAAAAAAAAAGCAAAUUUAUGGAGUGCCUUUCGAGCGCAAUUCCGAAAGGGUGAAACGACUGCGGCAUGAUUAUGCAGAGAGAGUUUUACGAAUGGAUGGAGAGGAGAUCCAGCAUGAGUUCAUUUACGUAGAUGAGGCUAUGUUCAACCUGACGAGAACACGAAGGAGGGGAAGAAACAUCAUUGGCCACAGGGCUAUAGUCAAUGUCCAGGGUAACGUACACAGAAUGGGGUCCUCCACCGCCAUGCCCAUAUGGGCCCUUACAACACAGCACUCAUACUUACAUUCUUGGACCAAUUGCACAACAUAACAGCAGCAUGUCAAAUCGAUCAUAUGCAAUACCAAUACAUUGUUGUCUGGGACAAUGUGUCUUUCCACCGCUCUGCUCUGGUUCAGAACUGGUUUCAGCAACAUCCACAUUUCACUGUCCUAUAUCUUCCACCAUGCUCUCCAUUCCUCAACCCUAUAGAAGAGUUUUUCUCGGCAUGGCGGUGGAAGGUAUAUGAUCUCAGUCUCCAGGCUGAGGUACCUCUCAUCCAAGCCAUGGAGGAGGCCUGUGACCAGAUGGAGGUAGCAGCAAUGCAAGGAUGGAUUCGUCAUUCAAGACGUUUCUUUCCAAGGUGUCUUGCUAAUGACAACAUUGCCUGCGAUGUUGAUGAAAUUCUCUGGCCAGAUCCAGCAAUUUUUUAUUUAUUUUUUUACAGUAAACUUAGAGUACAAUCCGUAAAGUGACAUUUUGUUACAGUAUUAUGAAUCUCCAUGUCAACAUUUUGGGCGUGUUGAGAAAUAAAUGAGUUUCUUCAGUCUG